CCCUUGCUUCUUUUCGUCCUCGUGAGUGUUGAGCAGCGGUGGUGGAGUGAGAUGGAGCUGGGACUGAGGUUGGGGGAGGCGCCGGCGGGGAGGCCGUUCUGGUCGGCGGAGAAGGCGGUCACGACAAAGGGGGGCAGAGGGUUGGGCCUGAUGCUUGGGAUGGGGUUGAGGGUUGGUGGCGGCGAAGAGGAACAGGACGAGGAUGGAAGGGUGGAAGAGGUGGCGGCGGCUGAAGAGGAGGGGAAAGACGAGGGGGAGGAAAGAGGUUCUUCUGAGCCACCGCUGCAGCUUAACCUUCUUCCUCUCCUGCCCGUUCCCCCGCAGACUUCUCCUCAGCUCCGGUUCCCAUGGGCGACUGAAAUCAAAACUUCGGAUGCUUCGAUGAGGGGGUUCGAUGUGAACCGGGCGCCAUCCACGGAGGAGGCGGAGGAAGGGACGGCGGCAGCGGCGGCGUCGUCUCCGAACAGCACGGUCUCGUCCUUCCAGAUGGGCUUCUCCGCCCUGCGAUGCAGCGUUGAAAUGGAAGAAAGCGGAGGAGGAGCGGCGGCGCUGGAGAAGGCGUCGUCCAGGGUGAGCGACGAAGAGGAGAAUGGGCUGGCCAGGAAGAAGCUCCGCCUCUCCAAGGAGCAGUCCGCCUUUCUGGAGGAGAGCUUCAAGGAGCACAACACCCUCAACCCGAAGCAGAAGCUCGCUCUGGCCAAGCAGCUCAACCUGCGGCCUCGACAAGUGGAAGUCUGGUUUCAGAACAGAAGAGCCAGGACGAAGCUGAAGCAGACAGAAGUGGACUGCGAGUACCUGAAGCGUUGCUGCCAGACGCUGACGGAGGAAAACCGCCGCCUCCAAAAGGAGGUGGCGGAGCUGAGGGCCCUCAAGACCUCCCACCCUUUCUACAUGCACCUCCCGGCCACCACCCUGUCCAUGUGCCCUUCCUGCGAGCGCGUCGCCACCACCACCAACUCCAACUCCGCCGCCGCCACUGACACUGCCCCUGCCGCAGCAGACCACCGGCCCAACUCCUUCGCUGCCCUCUUCUCGAAGCCUCGCUCCUUUUCCCCGGGCUCACAGGCCCCUCCUGCGGCGCCUCGCCAGCCGUCGCCGGUUUCCUGAGUCCGCCGUCAGCUGCGGCUGGCCAUCGAUGUAAAUAUCCCUGUUUUGAAGGGUGUUUUUGUCAUUUUAAUUUCGUUUUCCUGAGCUUGGAGGGGUUUCGAUGGCUUCUCUUAUUCAAUUUUUUAGAGGGAGAAGACUGUUCUUAGUGUCCACAGACUCUGCUACUUCCAAUCAGACACAGAUGUAGUUUAAUAGAGCUACCUGUUUCCUCUGAUAA